AUGACGACAUUUUUUGAUGAAGAUGAAGAAGAGUUAAGAUUAUUAGAACAAUAUGAAAACGAAGAUUUGAAUCGUGAAGAGGAUGCUGGACAUUCAAGUGAUGCUAUUGACAGUGAUUUAGAGGAAAAAAUUUUGAGUAUGGUGCAGUAUGAGUCUGGAUUGUUAAAAAAAAAGACUUCUUCACGACCUGAGACACCAGUGACAAAUCCAUCACCUGUUAGUUCUCCUAAAAUUGUUUAUGCACCAUUAGAUACAAAGAAAUCAGAAACAUCAGGAUUAUCAGCGUCUCACUUUUUGCCACUCGAAAACAAUUCAGAUGACGAGUUGUAUGUAGUUGAUAAAAGUAGUGAUGAAAGCAGUAGUAGUAGUAGUAGUAACAACGAUGAUGAUGAUGACGAUGAUGAUGAUGAUGAUGACAAGAGAUUUGACGGAUCUGAUCAUACUUCAGAACAUGCAUCCGUUGUAAGUGAUGUCAACAUGGCAGAGCCUCCAGUUACUCGAUUCAUUAAUCUCGAUGAAGAUCAAAAAUAUUCUUCAGACGUAUCUUCAGAUGAAGAAGAGUCAAACUUAAAACUUCAAGAACUUAUAAAACAUAGGGUAAAUACUAUCAGAAUGCAAAAACGUUUAAAAGAAGCCCCUCUACUCUGUUAUAAUUGUUUUCAACCAGGACAUACGCGUGCUCAAUGCUCAUCCUGUAAGGACUGUGGUGGUCCUAAGCAUGCAACUUACCGCUGUGAUGCCUUGAUGUAUUGUCUUCGAUGCAAAAAGAGAGGACAUACUGCAGCUAAUUGUUUUAACAGUUCAAACAACAAAAAAUGUGCAUAUUGUUAUUCAAGGGAGCAUAUUACAACGUAUUGCCCAGUCAAAUUACACAGUUACAAUGGAGAAAGGCCUAUCAAAUUAAACCCUACAAAAUACUGUUAUUAUUGUUCUGAAAGAGGACAUUAUGGUGAUGAAUGUCCUGAUUUGCCUCCCUUUUUGUCAAACAUCAAUACUGUAUUUUCUAAGCAUAGUUUGGAUAAUGUGAUUAUGAAUCGACAUGAUAGUCGAGAAUCAAGUCCACAGCAGCGAAGCAAAGAAUUGUUAGAUAAAACAAAUCAUGAGAGAUGGCCUUAUUUUUUUUCUAAAGGGAAUAAUAAUAAUAAUCGUCACAGUAGUCCUAUGAUAAGUAGUGAUGAUGAUAUGCUUUCAAAAUUAAGUAACAAGCGAAGAAAAUAUAAAGAGGAUUUAAGCAGUAAUGGUAAUAGUCAUGAUUCACGAAAUAAAAAAGGAAAAGGAAAACGACAAGAAAGUGGAAGGAGAGUUACAGUAGAAAGAAAUAUAAAGUCGGGUAAUACAAAUUGGAAAGCUAUUAAUAUGGGUUCGUCUUCUUUACCUCAGCCAACUCGGUCAGGCACAGUGAAUAUGCCUACUAAUAACAAUUUCCAACAACAGCGACAAGAGAUAGGAUAUGAAACAAAUUUCCCUAGAAGUAAUAUUCCAAAACCAAGUUCAAGUGGUGUCAUUGAUUUAAUAGGGGAAGAAUCUUCUAAUAACAGUGGAGGAGGAGCGUAUUCUAAAAAGAGGCCUAGAUAUCAUGGAGGAUAUAAUCGGAAAAGAUAA